AUGCAAGAAAUGAAGAAGGUGACUCGGGUGUGGGAUUGUCCUAGAACUCUUGGAUUUGCUCUCUUGAGGGAGGGAGUUUGGGCGUUUGCUAACCUUCCUUCUUUAUUUCCUGUUCUUCGCCAAGUUUUAAGUUGCCCUGAGGCUUUAGAAGGAGAUGGGUUGGGUGAAGUGGUGAUAGGUGAGGAUGGAUGUUUGGCUGUUUUUGGUUUGGAAAUGGGAGUAGGUUCAGAAGGUCCAGGGUUGAAAGUGACAAAUGAGCAAGAGAACAACAUGAAACUAGGGAUUAAACUUCAGAACUCGAUCAAUGGUGCUAAAACUGUGAAUCGCUCCCAAACGAGAGAAUAA